AGACCAGCACGCCCCGUAUCCAUGAAUAUAGUCAUCCCAACAGUGGCUUCACCCGCCACUCCCUCACCUCGCUCGAACCUAGUCUCCAAAAGAUUAUUCGGACCCAGAACACCGGACACCACCCCACGUGGUGCGGGAGAACGGCGAAAGACAGUAACCUGGGACGAGACCUGCGAUGUUGUGGAGUUCGAUCGAGAAGACGAUAUGUCUAUUGCUUCAGUCAAUGGCACUGAUGCAAGUAGGGACUCUGAAGAAAGUGAACAAGAGGAAUUGGCCAGCCCACCGCAAUCGCUCCAAUCAAUCCCAUCCUUACCUGAGUCUUCCGGAAUAAGAGAAUACUAUGGUCCUGAUAGAGAUAGUGGUGGCACUCCUUCUCCUAUUCUCAGUGGUUCUAUCAACGAGCUUGCGGAUGACAUGGACGGCGAGAAAAUGUCCAUUUCCAAUAUGAUCACCGAAGAUGAGAUGCCAACUCCACAAAGGCACGAUAUCGAUCUCCCAGAUGAAGGUUAUUCGCACAAUUCAGAUGAACAAGACGUGAUUUCUCACCCAAAUGGCAAUGGCAUUUCCGAAAUGCAAUCUUUCUUGACCAAUAUGAACUCGUUCCGCGAUGAUUCGGUUUCGACACACGAAGACUCUUUCACUGCCAGACUGAAGACUGAACCCGACGUAGAAACUUCACUCCGCCUCUCAGAGUCUCGGUCCCCAGAACGUUUCCCUCGCAUUUCACGUGAUGCUAUCCGGCGCCAAGUCGAACAGCAACGCAUGGAGGGCGGCUCUGACGAUUCUUUUGAACAUCACCAGAGUGCAUCGUACAGGAGGUCUCGACAUUCUCAUAGCCCUUCCCCUGUUCGCCCCGAAUCAGCAGUCGUAGUCUCUUCCCCCUUCAAGCAGAGCAACCGUUCUGAUGUUAACCUCGAGGACGUACAUAGUGCAUUGGAUCGACUGAUGCUAGGUGUCGAGCGAGGCUUUGAACCUUCUAUCCUCUCGAACCAAAGCGAGCUUGAUCGGGACGAUGAUACAAGUUCAAUUGAUGAUGGGCCGUCUUUUGCACCACAGGGCUAUGGUCGAGCUCCCGACUUUGUGGAGAGUACCGUCAUUAUCGACGAGGAUCAAUCUAUCAACGAAGGGGUAGAUGCGCCACUUAGCCGGGAAUCUACUGUUAUGACCAAUACGAGCACCUCUUCGAGCAGUGGGCCAUUUACGCCUCGGGCAUCUGACGCAGAAUCGCCCAUGAUGCAUACGCUUUCUCAUGAAGAUCAUUUCUCCAGUUCCAAACCUCUGCCACCACCUCCCGAUGCUAUCACGCCUCCAAUAGUGCAUGUCACUUUGGAGGAUGAUGAAGUCAUUAAAUCAGAGACACUUGCAGUCCCCGCUGUCUCAGUUCGGCGCGGUAGCACCAUCAAGAAGCGCGAAGAAGCCAUCAAAGCCAAGAGAAGAGAGCAGCGAGCUUUGGAAGGGCGGCCUAGUAGACGGCGUAGCCAAUCCACUGGGGAUCUAAAAGCCAAGCAAUAUCUGCUGAUAUCUCUCAAGUUUGAAGAGCCAGACCAGCUGGAUCUGGUUCAUCAAGAUGACCCGGACCUUACCGAUGCCGUGCAAUCAGAAUUGGCCAAGCGACAGCCUGCUAAAAAAACAUACAUGAUGAAGCAACGCCGUCCUACCAUCUAUGCCUCUGAUAGUCGUGUUGGACACCUUGGUGUAGCAGGCGAUGUUCAUGGCGGUCGUGCAUGGAAGGCUGUCCGAAGACCUUCCGACAUGGACAUUAUUAAUACUCGGAUAGUGAUCGGUAUCAAGGACCUCGAUAUUCCGCUGCCCUCUCAGCCUACCUAUUUUACUUGCGUCCUGAACAACGGUAUCCAUUUCGUCGAAACACCAGCAUGCCGCUUGGAGCGUGAAAGUCUGAUCGAGCAAGAGUUUGAACUGAUUGAAAAUGAGAAGCUCGAGUUUACCUUGACACUCAAAGUUCGCAAAGAUCCACACAUUAAUCAGAUACUCAAUCCUCCUGCUCGGCCAGCUUACGUUCCAGCAGCCCGGGUCGAAACACCUACUAAAACUCGUAACAGUGUGAUGAGUUUCUUCUCGGGCCAAACGAAGCGGCAAAGCAAGAUAGUGGUUAAAGAAAGAGAACCUAUUCCUCAACCUAUCGAAUCAAAUGAUCCUUUCGGACGUUACCUUAAAAAGGACCUAUCCAUGGCACGGGCAAUGGUCACUUUCAAGGACAUUGUCGAACACUGUGACACGAAACUCUUUGAGACAAGCUACCCAUUGAUCGCUCAAUGCGCCGUUGGGAGGGAUGUCGUGACGAAGACCGUCGGCGAAAUUGUUCUGCAUAUCUUCAGGCUUCCGCCUAUCCCAGGGGUUGCUCCUGAUGAUCUCCCCCAGUCCUUGGACGAAUGCACCCGUGGCCUGAGGCAUACUUGGCGCCGACGUAGCUUACAAGUUAUGGGAGCAAAUCUCAUUGCAUAUAAUGACGUCACCAAGAAGCCAAUCACGACUAUGGAUUUACGUAAAGUAACCUUGGUUGAGGAUGAUGGGCGCAAUGGCGUAAAUCCCAUUAUCAUCACCCCACCGCGGGAUUCCAGUUCGGAGAACCGUCUAGAUAAGCCGAAGACCCUACGACGACAACGAUCGUUCAAUGCACUGGCCGGCAUUGAACACUCGUUCCGAGUCAUCUUUGACGGAAACGAGAAUGACGAAGUAUGCUUCUUUGCAGAUAAUGCAGAAGAAAAGGCGAAAUGGAUGGAAAUCUUUAGUGCCUUAGUCGGCAGGAUUCCGCACAAUCCUCUUUGGGCCGAAAUCAUGUGGCAACGUCAACAAGAAUCAUCUUAG